GUAGUGAAAGUUAGAACUUUGAAGUUUCAGAUGAAAUGAACUUUGUACAUAGAUAACGUUUUAUUUAGUUUUACUUUUUAUUUCAAUUUUCUUUCGGGACUGAGGUUCCUUUUAUUAUAUUGUAUUUUUUGGAAUUAUCGUUAUAAUUGGCGUUAAAAUGAUUCAGUUUGGAAUUAUCGUAAGAAACUUGUCGAGUUCAUCGGCUCUUCAAAGUGCUAUCAAGAAUGUUACUAUUAUCGGUGGCGGCUUAAUGGGAUCUGGUAUAGCUCAGGUAACAGCUCAAGCGGGUCAAAAUGUGACCCUAGUAGAUGUUAAUGCAGAUGUCUUGUCCAAAUCACAAAAAUCAAUCAACAUUAACUUGGGUAAAGUAGCCAAAAAAGUGUUUAAAGAGAAUCCUCAAGAAGCAGAGAAAUUUGUGACAGAAUCCCUGGCCCGCAUCAAGACUUCAACUGAUCCAGUGAGUGCCGUCCAGACAGCAGACUUGGUUGUGGAAGCUAUUGUCGAAAACAUUGAUGUUAAGCACCAACUCUUCCAGAAACUGGAUAGCGCUGCACCAAGUCACACAAUUUUUGCAUCAAACACAUCUUCACUAUCAAUAAAUGAGAUUGCAUCUAUAGUGAAGAGAAAGGACAAAUUUGGUGGCCUCCAUUUCUUCAACCCAGUGCCUGUAAUGAGGUUGCUGGAGGUGGUCCGUGGAGCAGAAACCUCUGAAGCCACUUAUAAAACUAUGAUGGAAUGGGGCAAGUCUAUUGGCAAGACCUGCAUCACAUGCAAGGAUACUCCAGGGUUUGUGGUGAACAGACUACUGGUACCAUACAUGGCUGAAGCUUUGAGAUUGUUGGAGAGAGGUGAUGCAUCUGCCCGUGAUAUUGACAUAGCAAUGAAGCUGGGAGCAGGAUAUCCAAUGGGACCCAUCGAGUUGGCCGACUAUGUGGGUCUUGAUACCACCAAGUUCAUCCUUGAUGGUUGGCACAAAAAGUAUCCUGAACAACCAUUGUUUAAUCCCAUACCUAUCUUGGACAAACAUGUUGCUGAAGGGAAACUGGGUCUUAAAACUGGAGAAGGCUUUUACAAAUAUGAGAAGAAAUAAAUUUAGAUUUAAGAGUAGUUUUUGAUGAUUGUUUAUAUAUAUUUGUAUUUUAUGUGAUUUAAUCAGAAGUUUUGUAUACUGAAAUAUAUUUUUAUCGUUA